AUGAGGUGGGCCACUCGCUUGGGUGGGCCGCUCGCUUGUGGACUUCAAAUAUUUUUCCGAAAGGCAAAAUGGAUGUUCUGGGCCAUUGUUGGCCCCGAGAUCGUCUUCGCGGUAGCGAUCGGCCAAUUCGCGUCAGCUAGGAGAUCCGUCAAGAGGUUCAAAAGCCUCGGCCACAAGUGGACUGUUCGCCAUGGUUUCUUCGCUGAUAUGGGCGGCAUAUUACUUCAGCCGAAAGAGAGCACCCCGUUCCUCGUCAACAGUCGACAAUUGGCGUACCUUGUGGAGAAAGAAUACAUAAAGUUUCCGAGUAUUACAGAGGAAGAAAUAUGGGAUAAAUCGAAAGCAGACACGCUUGCCAAAACGAUAACCUUGAUACAAGCGAGCUGGCUCGUUAUUCAGCUACUCGGCCGGGCUGCGCUUCGCAUUCCUACCACUACACUUGAGCUAUCUGCUGGCGCUAUUGUGUUUUGCACAUUUGGAACCUUUAUUUGCUGGCUUCGCAAACCGACGGAUGUGCAAAAAGGGAUCGUACUCAGCACUGAAGCGACCACAGCCCAGAUCUUGAUCGAAGCUGGAGAAGGAGCUGCAACACCAUACCGGCACACACCUUUAGAUUUUGUCGCAAAGGAGUCUUUUACCUGCAGCCAUGAUGUAAUGGGCUUUUUCAAUCUCCGCUGUGAUAAUCGCGAACGGCCUUUGCGAAAGUUUCCUAACGACCGUUUCCCGGAUAUUGGCACCUACGAGAAGUUCGCUUUAUUUUGCAUGACUUCCGCAUAUGCAGCGACACAUUUGAUUCCAUGGAAUUUCACCUUCCCAACGCGCACUGAGCUGCUGUUGUGGCGCGUUUCUGCCUCGAUUUUCACCGGAGUGACUGUGUUCUUCUGGGUUUUUGAAACCAUCGCUGCCCGUCAGCGGUUUGGAAGAUGGGAUAAGUAUCUUAUUUGGUUAAGACUCAAGAAACCUGCGCCAAGUUUGACGGCUGAUGAAGAGAUGGGACCGAAACGCCAGGAUACUGUUAAACGUCUCGAUGCUUUCGAAGAAGAGCAGCGGAAUGCGAAACCUAUCUUAAUUUGGGAGAUUGGGUUACUGCUUCCUAUUGUAUUCUUAUAUAUAGUGGCAAGAGCAUAUAUGAUUGCUGAAGUGUUCGUUAGCUUGAGGGAAGUGCCGAGAGGUGUAUACCAGACUUUUGAGGUAGCACAGCUAAUUCCGCAUUGGUGA